GUCAUGGACGUAUUCAGCAAGGGCUCUCCCCUCACACAGCAGUUCCUAGCCGCCCUGUCGCAAUUUACGGACAGCCAGCGCCAGCACCUCUUCGGGAAGUUCGCCUCAGCCGCCGCUCCCGCGGCGGCUUACCCGCCGCCCCCGCCUCUUCCACUCCCGCCGGCCCCGGCACAGCCCCGUGCCCCACGCGACAACGGCUGCUUCUACUGCAAGAGGCCCGGACACAGCUACCGCGGCUGCCGAGAGUUGCGGUGGCUGGAACCUGGGGCCCAAACGGCAGCAUUCGCAGAAUGCGCCAAGCAGGAGCAGGCAGCCCGCCGGCCGGCUUAGGACGCGGCAGCGUCAGCUGGGGGCGAGGUCGCCCCGGCGCCAACGGCGCCCCCCCUCCAUCCAGCCGCCGGCAGUACGGCCGGCGGUGGGGCAGCUGACGCAAAUACGGCAGGGAUGGAGACACCAGAAGUUUUGUGGAUGCCUGACUCGGCGGCGGAAACGCCGUCGGCCGGCCGCUGGUUCGGCCCAGGGGGCGUGAAGCUUAAUACGGCCGCGUGGCAGCGUCACGGCAUCGACACGCCUGCGUCCCGUAACGAAGCCAGCUGGACCUUCCACACCACGCCGCCAACCUCGCACCACUUGCGCAACUACCCAUCCGUGCGCGAACACAGCGAAUGGUACGCCAGCCACAUUGACGAGUUACUGCGCCAGGGCCUGGUGGAGGCGUACGACAGCAAGCAGCAUGGCCCCCUGCGCAACUUUGCAGCCACUAUCAACCCACUGCAUGUUGUCAGCAAGGCGGAUGGCAACCUGCGCCCGAUCAUCGACCCUACCGCUUCGGGGGUGAACGACUGCAUGACCAAGCUCCCCUGCCCGCUGCCCGACCUCGCCUCAAUUCUGGAGCAUUUGCCGUUCCAAGGGGCGCUAGGCAAACGGGACCUCGCAUCUGGUUUCCACCACAUCAAGUGCAGCCCGGAAGCACGCCGGUACAUGGCCUUUAGGCAUCCCACCACGGAGGCAGUCCUGCGUUGGGUGGUGCUGCCCUUCGGCGCCAGCCAAUC